AUGGGGCGACUGUUGUUACCCCGAGGAUGGGGCCAGGAGGAAGUGGAAGUUUAACAGGUGCCUAAUUACAAGUCCCGCUGGCCGCCCUGCGCCACUCUCGGGAUCGGGAAGAGCUUGGGUGAGGGCCGGGUAAUGCCUGGGUAGGCCACUCUGUCACCCCGAUAAUUAGGGUUCCUGGGGCUCCUCCCCAAGGCGGGGACCAGGCCCCCUCCCUCCUAUAGAAAUAACUCCGGCUGUGGCCGGGCACUCAUUGCACCUUCUUGCCACCCCGGGCAGUGUCUGGGCCCUCAGCCCCCCCUCCCUCCACCUGUCCCCACACGCCCACCACCACCACCGGCCCCGGGAUACCCAGCCCAGGCGGAGGAGACACCAAGCCUAGAGACAUGGGAGUUCGAGGAGCGUUCCACCUUCUACUCGUGUGCCUGAGCCCAGCACUGCUGUCUGCUGUGCGGAUCAACGGGGAUGGCCAGGAGGUCCUGUACCUGGCAGAAGGUGAUAAUGUGAGACUGGGCUGCCCCUACAUCCUGGACCCUGAGGACUAUGGUCCCAAUGGGCUGGACAUCGAGUGGAUGCAGCUCAAUUCAGACCCGUCACACCGGGAGAAUGUGUUCCUCAGUUACCAGGACAAGAGGAUCAACCACGGCAACCUCCCCCAUCUGCAGCAGAGGGUCCGCUUUGCAGCCUCGGACCCCAGCCAGUACGAUGCCUCCAUCAACCUCAUGAACCUGCAGGUGUCAGACACAGCCACUUACGAGUGCAGGGUCAAGAAGACCACCAUGGCCAGCCGGAAGGUCAUCGUCACUGUCCAAGCGCGGCCGGCGGUGCCCAUGUGCUGGUCUGAGGGCCACAUGAGCCACGGCAACGACGUGGUGCUGAAGUGCUUUGCCAACGGGGGCACCCCGCCUCUCUCCUACAAGUGGGCCAAGAUCAGCGGGCACACCCACCCCUACCGCGCUGGCUCCUACCACGCACAGCACAGCUUCCACUCCGAGCUCUCCUACCAGGAGUCCUUCCACAGCUCACUGAACCAAGUUUCAGGUCUGAACAGCGGAGACCUGCUCCUGAAGGACGUCUCCCGCGAGGAUGACGGGCUCUAUCAGUGCACGGUGGCCAACCACGUGGGCUACAGUGUGUGUGUGGUGGAGGUGAAGGUCUCAGACUCCCGGCGCGUGGGCAUGAUCAUAGGCGCAGUGCUGGGCUCCCUGCUCAUGCUGGGCUGUCUGCUGGUGGGCAUCUGGGGGCUCGUCUGCUGCUGCUGCGGGGGCCCCGGGGCCGGCGGCGCCCGCGGUGCCUUCGGCUACGGCAACGGCGGCGGGGUCGGCGGAGGGGCCUGCAGCGACUUGGCUAGUGAGAUCAGAGAGGACGCCGAGGCGCCCGGGUGCAAGGCCAGCGGGCGCGGCCGCAGCGUCACCCACCUGCUGGGGUACCCGACGCAGACCGUCAGCCGCUCCCUGCGCCGCAAGUACGCGCCCCCGCCCUGCGGCGGCCCUGAGGACGUGGCCCUGGCGCCCUGCGCCGCCGCCGCCGCCUGCGAAGAAGAGUUUGAGUCACGCUCUGGGGUCGAAGACCUUUGA